CUGUGCUUUCUUUGCAACUCGGGCAGCAUUUUGAUACAAAAAGCCAACAUGUUUCGCUCGCAUUUAUGCUUCGACCUCAAUUGUUAGCAAGCUCAUCCUCUCUCUGCUGUGUCCAUCACAGCUUGCUGCAACGCCCACUCCACACUUGACCCAGGCUGCACAACAAUAACAACAAUGCACCCUGCUCUCGGAGAAGCCGCCAUGGCCGACGACUAUCACAUGCUGGAGGAGCUGGGAAGCGGCAGUUUCGGUGUCGUAUACAAGGCCGUCGAGAAGGCCACGGGUGAUUUGGUCGCCAUCAAACACAUCGAUCUCGAAGGCAGCGACGACGACAUUCAAGAAAUCCAACAAGAGAUCGCGCUCUUGAGCACAUGUUCCAGCGAACACGUUACAAGAUACAAGGCCAGCUUCGUGCGAGGCGUCAAACUAUGGAUCGUUAUGGAAUACCUUGGCGGAGGCUCGUGUCUGGACCUGCUUAAAUCCGGCCCCAUCAACGAGGCUCAGAUCGCCAUCAUUAUGCGCGAACUGCUGCUAGGCCUCGACUACCUGCACAACACUGGCAAAAUCCACAGAGACAUCAAAGCUGCUAAUGUCCUCUUGUCUAGCUCUGGCAGAGUCAAGAUCGCCGACUUUGGAGUCGCCGCCCAAUUGACCAACAUUCAAUCUCAGCGUUUGACCUUCGUCGGCACCCCCUUCUGGAUGGCCCCCGAAGUUAUCCAAGAAGCCGGCUACGAUUUCAAAGCCGAUAUUUGGAGUUUGGGCAUCACCGCCAUGGAGCUGGCCAACGGCGAGCCCCCUCACAGCCAAGUCCAUCCCAUGAAGGUUCUGUUCCUGAUCCCGAAAGAGAGGGCUCCCAGACUCGAAGGUGGAACGUGGUCUAAAGAAUUCCGCGACUUUGUCGCUCUCUGCCUCAACAAGGACGCCGACACACGACCUACAGCAAAGACUCUGCUCAAGCACAAGUUCAUCCAGCGUGCAGGAAGAGUUGACUCCCUCAAGUUGUUGGUCGACAGAGCACGCAACCGCAUUGCCAACGAUAAGAAGGACCGCAUGAGAUACUACGAACAGACCCUGCACGCGCUGCACCCCCCAACCGAGGAGGAUGAUUGGGUCUUCGAUACCGUCAGACCAGGAGCAUAUCAAUCACAGACUAUCAAGCAACGCGAUCCGUCGCAAAUGAUUGCAUGGGACAGUGACGCCGAUGAGGCUUUCGCUGCCAUGGAGAAGCUUGACGCUUCACUAGGAGACUCGCCCUCAUACGAUCCCUCUGCCACCAUCCGUACCUCCAAGCACACGUCUAGCUCCCCAUCACACCAGAUUGACCCUUCGGCCACGACUCGUAAAGUGUCCGGUUCAACUCCUACAGCGCGUCGCGUAAGCAGACAAAGCUCGACCUCUAACCGCACCACACGCCAUCACUCCGUUCAAGCCAAGCAGCCUCUUGGUCUCGACAUGUCUUUCGGUAACGGGGCUUCCACUGUCCGCCAAUUCAAGCGCGUCCCAUCUGGUGGAACCCGACCCUCGAGCUCUGGCUCAUCACAGACAGCUGUCGACGAUUCCGAGAACCAACCUCCUGCCGCCGCCGUCAUGAUGCCCGACACUAAGGAAGCUAUUCUUGGCAGACGUGCCUACGUCAAGUGUAUCGAUCCGGCACUGCAAGAGCUGUACGCCUCCACAGCCCCUGGCCCCAAGCAGACUGCUCUAGCCAGAAUGGCAGAAGCCUGGAAUGUCCUGGACGAAACAGACCCCGAAGGCGAACUACUCCUACUCAAAGCCAUCUUCGAGCGAGUCCAGAAAGACCCUAGACUCGCCGCUCAAAUCAUGCCCGCCUCUCAACUCGCCACCCUCCGCAGCAACCCAUCCGUCAAGAAGACACCCCUCGUGACCGAAAAGGAAACCACCAUUACUCCUCCCACCUCACCUUACAAAUUGGAGCCCGCUCCUCAUUCUCGCUCCAUGCGUCGCCAGAGCGCUUUUGUCGACAGUGAACGCGAAAAGGUUCUUCGCACCGCCAUCUUAGAAGACAAGAUGCCCGGCAAAGUCGAGACUGGCCUCGAACACAUCGGCAUGCUUGCUGACGCCUUAUAUGGCCGCUGGAGCGAGGGUCUGCGCAUGCGAUGGCCCAACGCAUAAGCCGCCGAGCAACAACAACAAUCUCUACAAAAAUGCUUUGGCGGUUUCUUCUCAUCCUCUAAUGUUUUUCCUCUAAUACCUAUAUAGCAUAGCGUGCGUUUGUCUUGGGAUGGCGUUUUUGAGCGAGCGAGGCCGGAACCUCUUUAUCGCUUUUCCUCCUCCUUUUUUCUUCUUGCGAUGCUCUGUCUUUUAAGUUUGAUACCCCCUUAUCUGAGGGACCGGGUUCUGGUUGUCAUUUGGUUGGACUUGUACACUUUCUUCUUGUUGGAGUUUUCCGGGAUAGCGUGGUUUGGACGGCCUGGUCUAAGGGCUUGGUUCUGGCGGAUGGGUUUUGAUUCUUGUUGAUAGAUCUAUAUUGCGAAACGAGCGAUCAUUUGCUUUUCUUCU